AUGAGAAAAUUCAAACGAGUUAUUCAUAAACAAUUUGGUGGUAUGGGAAAUUUUUUUGCAAUGAUUGUUCUAGUCUCAAUUACUGUGAUUUUUAUAAAUACAUAUGUUCUUUCAAAACGAAAUCUAUCCGAUAACGUAUCAGAUAAAAAAUUCCGUACAGGUGAACAAGUAUAUAAUCAAAACCAAACAGACGAACAUCCUACUUUACAGCCAGAAAACAGACAAACAAAACGAUUAUCAGUUCCAGAUGUUGGCUGUGAAAUUGAUCAAACAUGUUCAUAUGAUUCUAUUCCAUAUAAAGUUACAUCAGGAGCUGGAACUGAGAAAUAUCCAAUUAUAUGUUUUAAUAAUAAGUUAUUGGUUCAUAAAAAUUUAAAAGAUUCAAAAAUUAGUCGUGGAUCUAAUAUAGUAGUAAUUGAUAGUAAAACCUAUGAUGUUAAAUCAGUAGAAACGUUUGAUACAUAUCUAGAAGGUAAAGUUAAUGCAUAUAUUUAUGAUAAAAGAAAAUUAAAUGAUGGUGAUAUUCUGAUUUUAGCUAGUUUUGAUGAAAUGACAUAUGGAUUGAGAGAUGCAUCAUUAUCAUUGCUAGAAAACUAUGGUAGUCAAUUAAUAAAAAAGGUUAAAUAUCGAGAUUCAUUUGUUAUGAUUGGUCAAAAAGGAUUAGCACGUGGAAAAGCUAUUGAAAUGCAUCAAUCAAAAGGUAAACGUGACUUUGGUUCAGUUGCACAGAUUAGUGGUUGUGCUAAAUUUCCUUUGGGUCGAAUAACUCCAUUGUUAUUUCCAACUAUGGAAGUUAAUAGAGAAGGAAAAAUUGCUAUUGGUAAAACUGUCAAUAACUGUGGUUUAAUCGAUACAUGUACAGAAAAUGAGUUUCCUGUACAUGUUUAUACAGGAAAAGAUAAUAAUGAUGAACCAAAAAUAUGUGUUGAUGGUAAAUAUGUUAUUUCAAAAGGUAUUAAUGAUGCUGGUCGUGGUUUAAAUAUUGUUGUUGUUUCAAAUGGGAAAGAAGUUAUUCGAACAGGACAUUUUGAUACAUGGAAAGAUGAUAGUACAAAUUUAGAAAUUUUCCUUGAAAAUCUUGAAGAUGAUGUUAUUAUUAUUGCCGUUACAUUUGAUGAAGCAUCAUCGAAGCUUAGUCAGCACAGUAAAACUCUUUUUUUUGAUCUUGGAAGUGCAACCAUACAAAAUUUGAAAUAUCGUGAUGUUUGGGUACUUGUGGGACAAAAGGGCAUUAAAGGUUUUAGCCCUUAUGAAGAGUUAUCAUUAACUGUGAAUCUUAAAUUUUUAGUAAAAGGUGUUCCAAUUCGACCUGAUCCAUUACCUUACCAAAAUAAUAAGCGAAGAGAUUUUUGUUCACGUUAUGAUGGUUAUGGAGAUUUUUGUAGUGAUACAAAUAUUGACAAAAAUUUAUUCACAAUUCCAUUAAUAAAUAAAACAUUAGAAGACAAUCCAAUUUAUUCAACACCAAUUUUAAUUAUUGCUGGUAUUUCACAUAAUUCUCUUCGAAUGUGUUUGGAAACUUUAUUGAUGCAACCAGGAAUUAAUAUUGAAAAUGUUAUUGUAGCUGUUGAUGAAAAAUUUUCUGAACCACUUGCAUUAGUUGAUUUAUUUGGAUUUCGUGGUGAAAAAACAUCGAAUAGUUCGGCAUACAUGGGACAUUAUGAAAAAGCCUUAAAAAGAAUUUGGGAAAUUUAUUCGAAUAAAGAUAAAAUAAUUGUUAUUGAAGAAGAUCUUAUUUUAUCACCAGAUUUUCUUUAUACACUUGCAUUGUUAAGUGAAACAUUUCGAAAAGAUGAAACAAUUGAUGCAAUUCAAAUGUGGAAUCCAAAUUCUUAUGAUAGUAUUAAUGGUUCAAUCGAAUUAAUUUAUCGUGUUGAUCAAUUUUAUGGUUUAGGUUAUUUAUUAAGACGUUCAUUUUAUGAGAAAUAUAUAAAAAAUUCAUUCAAAGAUUGUUGUUCCAAACGAGUUUGGGAGAAAUGGACAUUUUCUGAUACAUCAUCAUUUUUAAUGCCUGAUGUUUCAAGAGUAUUUCGACGACCUAUAGAUGGAAAUCGAGUUAAUAAUAUAUAUCUUGAAACACUUUUUAAUCAAAAACGAAAAACAUCUUUAAAUCCAUUUCCACCAUUAUCAAAUAUUGAUAUACUUCGAAAAGACAAAUAUGAUGCACAAUUAACCAAAUCAGCAAAUUCUGCAACAUUAAUCAAAUCAUUGAAAAAAUGUGAGACAAUCGAUAAUAACGUGUACAAUUUAAUAGAAAAUCAAAAUACAUCUGAUACAUUUAUAUAUGUUUAUCAUCAAGGAUCAUUAAAUGAUGUAACAUCUCUUCUACCAAUUUUAUCUUGUUUUAAACUUUUUCCACAUGAACCACUGGGUCUUUAUCAUGGUAUACUUCGUUUCAGUUCAAAUAAAUAUCAUUUUUAUCUUGUUGGAUCAAAAUCACCUCUUUAUAUAAAUGUUUAA